AAUUACAUAUCUGACUCAAGCGUGUGUGUUAAAUUCAAAGACAAAAUUGUUUAAGUUAAAGUUGAAUUACAUCUUCAGCUUCAGUGAUAUUAAUACAGAACAUAAAUAGAGAUGUAUUUGCAUAAAAUGGAGUUUAUCACCAAGUCACUUAACUGAUUCGUUUAAAAUACUCGCAAAAGAUUCAAAACACGUUCAUUAUUUCAAAACACGUUCACCAUUAUUUCGUUACAUUUUUACAUGUUCAGUAGUUAAUCUAGUGUAAGGUGUUAAAAAGGAGUAAACGAGCAGUCUCACUGUUAAUAUACCAACGCCGCCUAUUAUUGCAUUUAUUAGAAUAGUUACACGCCAUUAGAUGUAGGUAAAAGUAUUAAAACGAACAAAAAAUAAUGCAUUUCCAGUUUCUUGGUGAGGAAGGAGGGAAGCGACAUGAUGCUGUUAUGACUGUAACUGCAUCUAAAGAUCAUUUAGAUUGCGAGAAUUUCUCUGCAGCGUGUUUAUUCGACUCUACGUGUUUAUGUGUGUGAGGUGUUGAUCCCGCUCCGUGGUCCGGUGCCAUCGCGACAUCCACGCCUCUGCUGAUUGGAUGAGAGCAACCGGGCCUUAGUCACAUGGCUGAGUUCUUUAGUCCAGAGCAAAAAUGGGGUUUGGUGUAAAUCUAGGGUGUAUUGCUGUCAUAUAUCACGCUACCUCGUAAAAACGACACUGAGGAUUCUGGGCCAACAAAUCAGAGCGGGGGUGAAAAAAGGGAAAAAAAUUAUGAGUUCUUAUUAUGUGGACAGUCUCCUUUGCAAAUCUGCGCCGGGUAGUUCUCUGUUUCCGAUCGUCGAGCGAGCGUCUUGUGGCAUUGGACCUGGAGGGGAGAACAGUCGGACUGCGGCCGUCACGUUUACGCCAUCCCUCCCUGGAGUUUACAGCGUCAGUAACGCAGCCUACCAGAGUCUGAACCCCGUGUUUAUCGCAGGAUGUGGCCUGGGACGGGACAUACACACUCAGGACUGCAGCAGCCCGCUUGAUCAGGGCCGCCUGUUCAGCGGGAGCUGCUGUCAUCCGGGACCGGGACCCCUCACCUCGCCUCCGGACAAACAGUACCGUAUGUACCCUUGGAUGAGGGCAUCGGAUCCAACCCGAAAGCGGGGCCGGCAGACCUAUUCCCGGCACCAGACCCUGGAGCUGGAGAAGGAGUUCCACUUCAACCGGUACCUGACCCGCAGGCGGAGGGUCGAGAUCGCCCAUGCCCUCAGCCUCUCCGAGAGACAGAUCAAAAUCUGGUUCCAGAACCGCAGAAUGAAGUGGAAGAAGGACCACAAGGAAGAGUCCAACCACGAGGAGAUGAAACAGGGCGACGAUCACACCGAAUCCGCAGAUGGAGAACCCGGCAGCGCAGACCCGGUGGAGCCUAAACAUUAAAGACGGAGAUAGAGAGAAUUAAAUAAUAUUACAUAUGUUUAGGGACAAUAAGGGACAUGUUUCUUCACUUUUCAAGCGUGCACAUAUUCGAGUGUUUGAGUUUCAAAAAUGAUUGUGUGAUUUCUGCUGCUUUGCAUUUUAAAUACUGAACAGCUAAGGGAAAUAAAUAUUUCAACUUUAUUUUUAGCUAUGUUUUUGUAUAUAGCUAUAUCAACACAAAUGAUCAUGCAUGUGACUGAUUACUACUGAACGAACAUUCCGUUGAACGAAAACUACCUAACAUGUUCCCUUUUAUACAUCGAGCUUUCGCAGAUUGAAAUUAAAUCAGGAUAUUUUCUAAGCGAACGGAUGUCAAUUUCUUUUGAUGAUAGCACAGACAUUGUCUCCUCCCGGGAAUUGGCCUUGUUUCGAGACGGAUGUGUGCUUUAAUUAAAUAAAAGUUCAUCACUUAAUGGAAAUUUAGGUGUCCUGAUCAAUAAAUCUGAAUAUUCACGA